AUGACUGCAGCCGACGCACCGUGGCAUGCAUCAAUACGAGCGUGCGCGGCUGCCGUAGGUGCGGUGGGAACAAGAGAGCGUGCGCUUCGCCGUCCCGCUGUCACGUGGGCCCCGCCAAACCAGCAUCAAACCCUAUCCCACUCCUUUGGUCUUGGCGGCUUUGGCGCUUUGCAUCUCUCCCAGCCCCGGUCGUCGUCGGCGCGGCCGCAGAAUCCGAGAUUAGGGAUGAUUGAUUGUGAUGCUAGUAUAUUCGGAACAUCAAUAAUAAGCACGCCGUUGCAGCAACAUUUUCAUACUAGAUUGCAAGGAAAAAGCGAUUGGAUGAGGCGUGCCUUGAGAGGUAUCAACAAUACAGUAGAACGUACAUCCAGUCAUGGAUUCUUCAGGGUGUGUAUGAACGGGAUUAUACCUGUGGCCAUUAAACUCAUGAAGGAGUUCGUCCGCCAUGGGCAUCGGGAUUUUGUCCUUGACAAUUAUGUCGUUGAGUGCUACAUAAAUACGGAUGUCCAUGACUCAUUGUUGCUUCUUGACAAUAUGGACCAAGUUUUGUUGAAUUGGUUGGGCGAAAGUUCAAAUUCGCGGCACUUGAACUUCCCUAUUGCAUUAGGUAAGGUCCAUGUAAACGGAAGGGUCGUGAACAAAGCUGGAACACAAGUAUCUGACAAGUCAGUCAUAGAAAUCAAGGCUGAAAUCCCGAAAUAUGUAUGUAGGGCUGGGCAUAAGCUUGAGGCAGCUAUCAAAGAAUUUGGAGUUGACUGUGAUGGAAAGAUAGCCCUUGAUUCAGGGCUGUCUACAGGUGGUUUUACCGACUGUUUACUUCAGCAUGGGGCAUCACAUGUGUACGGUGUUGAUGUUGGCUAUGGACAGGUGGCUGAAAAAAUUCGUGUGCAUGAAAAUGUCUCAGUAAUUGAACGUACAAACUUGAGACAUCUUACUAAGCUGCCACAACUGGUUGACCUGGUGACGUUGGACCUAUCAUUCAUCUCAAUUCUUGUGGUUAUGCCUGCAGUGGUCAAAGUAAUGAAGACAGACUCAACAUUGAUAACACUUAUCAAACCUCAGUUUGAAGCUCGUAGAUCUCAGGUAGGAAAAGGUGGGAUUAUUCGAGACCCUCUGGUUCAUAAGGAGGUGUUAGAUAGGAUAAUUUCAGGCGUUGAGCAGUUUGGAUUUCGCAAUGGGGGCUGGAUCGAGUCUCCGCUGAAGGGCGCAGAAGGGAACACAGAGUUUCUUGCCUGCUUCGAGAGGAUCCCAAUGCCAGAGCCACACACUGAGGCAGAAGCAGGGGCAGAGGCAGAGGCGGCGGCGCAGGCGGAGGCAGAGCCAGAGGCAGUGGUUGAAGCACAGGCACAGGCAGAGGCAGAGCCAGAGCCAGAGGAAACAUGA